AUGAGUGAGCCCCGCACAACUCCAUUCUGGAGUACUGCAGCACUGCUUCGUGAUUCAACCUACCAUCGCCAGCGGCGGAUUCACAUUUCAAAGAGUUUGCAGUCGUUUAUCUUCUCAAUCGGGCCUGCAACCGCUGAUAUCCCCAGCUUGGCGGCUGCCAUACUCACAAUGCCGCCCGUCACGACACCCGACAAUCCAGAGGAGUUUGCAAGGCUCCGGACCACAGAUCCAGGCCUUCCUCGCCCCAAUCCAACCCCGGCGUACUGGCAACACAUCCCGCACCCCCUGGCAAAUGCCCGAUCGGAGAGACUGCCCUCUCAGAGAGACUAUGCCAUCAUUGGCUCCGGGAUCACUGGUCUCUCCGUGGCGAGGACGUUGCUCGAGUCUCAUCCCAGUGUGACCGUCUCGGUUCUCGAGGCUCGAUCGCUUUGCUCUGGAGCAACGGGGCGCAAUGGUGGCCAAAUGGCUAUUAAUGCGGGAGAGGAGUACUCCCAUCUUGCCGAGGCGUUUGGACCCAAGAUGGCAGGUGAGAUUGUGAUGUUCACGCUGAGGAAUUUGCGGGGAAUGCAAGUUCUAGCAGAGGAAUAUGACGCGGUUGAGACGAGUGAAGUACAGCAAUUGACCAAAUUGCGCAUCUUUAUGACAAACGACAAGCUUGAGGCUUUCAAGCAAAGUAUCGCUCGUUUCGAGGCAGAUCAUCCUGCCUUGAAGGGAAUGUAUACUCUGAUUGACGCCAGCACUCUUCGGAAGGAGCAUGGUAUCCACGAAGCAUCUGGUGGUGCUUUGCUGCCAGCCGGAACUGUCUGGCCCUAUCGCUUGGUGACCAAAGUGUUUGAAACGCUGCUCAAAAGAUUUCCAGAUCGACUGACUGUGGAAACCAACACUCCAGUCACUGCGAUCGAGAUGCAUGAUUCUUCAGCCGCCGCCAACUCGGCCCACGCAUACUCGGUGCAGACUCCUCGUGGAUCAAUGACGGUCGGCACGGUGGUAUACUGUACAAAUGGAUACAGUGGUCAUCUGCUCCCAGCUCUGAGAGGCCUCAUUUACCCGUUCAAAGGUACAAUGACGGUGCAAGAUCCAGGCACGUCGAUGCCGAAUCGAGGAGCCGCGCUGUCGUGGGGAUUUCACUACCCACCCACAUACGACCCCGCCACUAAACGACAGAUGUAUGGGCUGUACUAUCUUGGUCAGAGUGCGACGACAGGCUACUUCUACUUUGGAGGCGAGAACAAACGCAUUGAUGAUGCCGUUUCGGCGGAUGAUAGUUUCGUUGCGACUUCAUCGGUUGACCAUCUGCAGUCGGUACUACCGCGGUUCUUCGGGAAGGAGGAAGUCCAUUCUUCUUGGAAUUUGGUCGGCUCCUGGAGUGGAAUCAUGGGUUUCACUACGGAUGGAUUGCCGCUGGUUGGGCGGCUAUCGUCCGCAUUGACUGGGCGGAGGGGCGAGGGAGAAUGGAUCGCCGCGGGGUUCAAUGGCUACGGAAUGGCAAACUGUCUGCUAUGCGGAGAAGCUCUGGGACGCAUGAUGUUGGGACACCCAACGCCGGAAUGGUUGCCUGGCGCGUACCAAGUCAGCGAGGAAAGAUUGGCGAAGAGCGCGAGUCUGUCGGAGACAAAGAAGACAGAUUCCAGGCUUUGA